AUUUCUUUUAAUAAUCAUACAAUAAUGUCUGAAUUUGCUAAUUAUACUUCACCGAUUUACCGUAUCCCCGCUUUGAGGGACGGAUAUGAUCUCCCUGUAUACGGUCUGGGUUCAGAGAGAUUUUAUGCCUUGCAUAUACCAGCACUGACUUGCAUUUUCCUGAGUUUAAUUUCGGCUAUUACAUCGGUUAUUCUAAGCUUCGGGAAAAGUCCAAGAAGAAAAUUUUUCAGUUGGACUAAAAGCGAGAGAUUUGUGGUGUACAUGGCGAUAUGUGAUGGUUCUUUCAAUGUGGCUCACAGUAUACAGACCAUCUUGCAAAAUAUCGUGAUAACCAAGUACCAUGUGUACCCUCCAACACUCUGCCAGUUCUAUAGUUUCACAUUGUUAGAAUUCGUCACCGCCCAGAUUUUAAUGGUUAAUAUAGUGGCAGUAAAUGCAUUCAUGCUGAUUAACUUAAAUAAGCAGCUGAAAUUUGGAAAACGAGACUGGCGACUUCUUUUGUGGAUUUUCGGUUUUCCUUUUCUAUUAUCAUCAAUUGCCCUUGCGGCUAAACAGUUUGGACCGAGUGGAGCAUUCUGCUUCUUUGACGGUGUAAAUGGUCAGCUAGCUCAAUUUCUGUUGGCAUCCCUUCCUCUGGCAAUCAUUCUUCUUGUAAAUGCAACCCUGUACGUCCUUACGUGGAUAAAACUCCGCUCCGUGGAACAUUCUUUGAAAGAGUCCUUAGGAAAACAAGCCUCAGCAACCAGAAUGAAACACUCGGCAGUGCGAGCAAUGUCGUUAUUCGUGCUGGCUUUCAUCAUUCAGUGGUGGUCGCUGGCAUUGUUCGGAAUCUGGGUGUUUAUCAACCCAGUGAGUGUUCCUCCGGUGCUUUUCCAUACUGUGACCAUAUUCUCAAACACCGGUGGAAUUUUGAAUCUUGGCGUGUAUAUCCUGAUAAGACGAGGAAUAAAGCUACACAAACAGACUGAAGAAAGCUCAAGUCGAACAGGAACUAAAGAAACAAGUCACACAGAAUUGUAGAAAAUUAAAGCUGAACACGUCUCGUAAAUAGACAUGCGCCAUUUUCGAUAUCAUUAUUUACAAGACAUCAACACUAGGAUAUGCUCUUCGCAUUCUUUACACCUGACUGCUAUAUUGUUACGGGU